AUGACAUCCUCUUCUCGUUCAACAAGUCGACCGAAGGGUCGCAACCCUCAAUCCGCCGUUCGAAGGUCCGGCAUAACCCGCGUUCGAACUGGCUGCCAGACGUGUCGGGGGCGGAAAAAGAAGUGCGAUGAGUCUAAACCACAUUGCCUGAAUUGCACCAAGGCAAAUCUCGAAUGCUCGGGUCUACCAGAGGUCAGAAGAUGGGAGAACACGGCGGCCGGACAGCGAGCUCUGCGUCGAAAAGCUAACACUCAAUCGCAUCGUACCACUCGUAGAUCUGAGACGCUGGUCGAAUUCCCAGUAAACCUUCCCUGGAGUAACCAACCUUCGCCACUUAUACAACAGCAGCAUGAUGGCCAUAUCAAUGAGGGCCUCCCGGGGGAUCUGACUUUCAACAUGUUUCCGACCGUGAAUGAUUGGGAUGUGUGGCAAAACACUGGGCUUCCGAAUUAUCAGAGCACUACCUUUCGUACAGGCGCUAGCCUGGUGCCAUCUCAACCCUUUGAGGCUGAUUCAUCUACACAAUUAUUCCUCGCAUACGAGCUUCCGAGUCUGAUUCCUGGCAUAGAAACCGAACUCCACCGGAGGUUGUUCCAUCAUUUCACCAAGAACAUGACACCGGUGCUGACGUCGUCAAGUGAAUGGUUGAAAAGUGUUGUUCCCUUGGCCCAGGUGGACCGGACUGUCAUGUCCGCACUGCUGAGUCUAGCUGCUUCUCAUCUAUCUAACUUCUUCCGAACAGAAGAUGACAGUCAGAUUAAGAUCGAGAAGGACGCAUUGCAUCUAGAGUCCAUCCAAAUUCAAGAAGAUCGUCUCAAAAAAUUACGAUCAGAUGCCCUAGCCCUUACGUCGCCUUUGCCGGUACAAAUCACCGAGAUCAACUUUCUCACGUGUCUGUUACUCGUUUUGUACGAGUUAUGCGAAGGCAGUAACUCAUCCUUGAUACCGCUGGCUAGAGCUCGAGAGGUCCUUUUACUGUCUGGUACUCCAACGAUUCCCAGUGAUCUGGGUUCUCGUCAAGAUGUUAUCGUGGCUGUGAAUCCUUUCCUUCUUGAAUUUUUCGAUUACCACGAGUCGCUUGCAACUGUCACGUUGCCUUAUUCUCAUAUUUCGAAAUUUCGAUUUCAAAACACAUUCUAUGAUUCUGAACAGACUCCUUUUAUGAUGGAUUUUAGUGACGGUUUUAACGAUUUUGCAUGUCGAAUUUCCUCAUUACGCGAGCAAGUGAUUUUAGACACUCCAGUGCCUCAUGUCAUCUGCGCGGUGGAACUUGCUGCAGACAUUCGUAAAUGGAUGCCCAAAAGAGCUACCUCGAGAGAGGCUGAAGUGCUCGAUAUGUACAAGAGAGCUUUAUUCAUUUGGCUUUUUUCAAUCAUAUACACCUCACCGUCAAACGACAUCGAGAUUCAAAAACUUGUUGCAACAACGGUCGCUGACAUGGCAAAGAUCGAGGAGAAUGACCCGGCAUUAAAUUGCAUUUUAUUUCCCCUAUUCAUCAUAGGGGGUGCGGCAACGACACCGAACGAUAGGGCAUCAAUCUUGCGCGAGUUUCAAAGAUUGAAAGAUUGGAGCCGAUUUGGCAAUAUUGACCAAAGCCUCCAAGUGGUACAAAAGAUCUGGUCAGAUCGCGAUCUUGGCCUCCCAGAUGCUUGGGAUUGGGUCAGGCAGCUCGAGGCUCAUAACAAGAGCCUCCUCGUCACGUAG